CGCUCUGAGGUCAGCACCAUGGGGAAGGAGCAGGACCUCCUGCAGGCGGUGAAGAGCGGCGAUCUGUCAUCCACGCACAAACUUCUGGCUAAGCUUAAGAGUGGCAGGAACAAACUUUUAGGAUCCACCAAGAGGCUGAACGUCAACUACCAGGACUCGGACGGUUUCUCGGCUCUCCACCACGCUGCGCUCACGGGAAGUGCGGAGCUGCUGGCUGCGCUGCUUGAGGCGCAGGCAGCAGUGGACGUCAAGGACAGCAACGGGAUGCGCCCUCUGCACUACGCGGCGUGGCAGGGCAAAUCAGAGUCAGUGCUGCUGCUUCUGCGCUCGGGCGCGUCUGUCAACGGCGUCUCGCUGGACGGACACAUUCCUCUGCACCUGGCCGCCCAGUAUGGACACUACCAAGUGUCGGAAAUGCUCCUUCAGCACCAGUCCAACCCCUGUCUCGUCAACAAGGCCAAGAAGACGCCCCUUGACCUCGCCUGCGAGUUCGGACGCGCCAAGGUGGCCCAGCUGCUUUUGAGCAGCAACAUGGUGGUGGCACUGUUGGAAGGCGAGCGCAAGGAGCCCAGCGACUCGGCAUUCACCACUCCGUUGCACCUGGCGGCCCGCAACGGCCAUAAGGAUGUCAUCGGGCUGUUGCUCAAGGCAGGCAUCGACAUCAACGCCACCACCAAGUCGGGCACCGCCCUUCACGAGGCCGCCCUCUACGGGAAGACCGAAGUCGUACGGCUGCUGCUGGAUGCCGGGGUGGACGUGAACAUCAGAAACACGUACAACCAGACUGCGCUGGACAUCGUAAACCAGUUCACAACCUCACACGCGAGCAGAGACAUCAAACAACUGCUCAGAGACGCCACAGGGGUGCUGCAGGUGCGAGCGCUAAAGGACUUCUGGAACCUUCACGAUCCCACCGCCCUCAACAUCCGAGCCGGAGACGUCAUCACGGUUCUGGAGCAGCACGCCGACGGCCGCUGGAAGGGUCACAUCCACGACAGCCAGCGUGGGACGGACCGCGUGGGCUUUUUCCCGCCCUCCAUCGUGGAAGUCAUCGGCCGACGUGGCGGCGGCCCCCACUCCCGGCUCGCCUCCCUGCCUGUUCCACGCCAGUCCAGAGGCCCCAACUCGGCCCCUCAUGGUGACGACUCCUACUCCCUUUGCGUCCCCCCUACCCUAGCUGCAGGAGACCGCAGCAGUGUGGGCAGCAGCGAGAGCGUGGGCAGCACGCGCAGCGCCGGCAGCGGCCAAAGCACGGAAAGCAACAACAACAACACCCUCAACAACAAUAACACGCUGGCCAACGCCCACAACGGUAUCGUGUACCGUGACGACAAGGCGGGGCCCCUCGCUGCUGAUUGUGGAGGCGUACACUUGAGCAAGCAGUUGCAUCACCCAGGUGCGGUCGCCUCCCGCAGGCCGACGGUGACGGUGCAGCAAGCGGCGGAGCAGACCUUCUCCCAGCAGCAGUUUUUCCGUCCUCAGCAGCUACUGGACGGCAAGGACUCUGAAGCCAUAUUGGAGUGGCUGAGUGACUUCCAGUUGGAGCAGUAUGCAGGGAAUUUUAUCAGCGCCGGUUACGACGUCCCCACUAUCAGCAGGAUGACACCUGAGGAUUUGACGGCCAUCGGAGUGACCAAACCGGGUCACCGCAAGAAAAUCUCCAUGGAGAUCAACAAGCUGAACAUACCCGAGUGGCUUCCGGAGUACAUCCCGUCGGAUCUUGGCGAGUGGCUCAGCGCUAUCGGCCUCCCGCAGUACUUGAAGAGACUGGCCGAAAACGGCUAUGACAGCAUCGGCAUCGUCAAAGACUUGACGUGGGAAGACUUGCAAGAGAUCGGCAUCACUAAGCUGGGCCACCAAAAGAAGUUGAUGUUGGCAGUGAAGAAGCUGUGCGACAUCCAUAGGGCCGUCCUUCAGGCCGAGUCGGGCCAGGGAACGUUGCGCCGCAAGGGUCCUGGAGCUCUACACGUGGUCUCCAUCGAGCCGCCGGAAGCUGGCGGGGAGUGCUCUUCCCCCCGCACUCCAAAGACAAUGAUGACCUUCCAGGACAGCGAGCUGAGCGCGGAGCUUCAGUCGGCGAUGUCCGGCCAUUAUGCCGACCGCGAGGACGGCCCGAUCGUCAGGAACAACCAGGAACCUCCUCUUGCUUCCGUCAUCCAGCACGGCUUGGAUGUCAGGGACAGGAACCUUCCCGAGGGCUGGGAUCAGAGGCCCGUCCACAAGCAGGUUCCUCUCGGAACAGCCACCGUCUUCAAGUAUCCCGCCGUCCCAGCCAAGCCCCAAACGUCCCGCCUUCACGGUUCCCCGGCGUCAAAGGGCUUCAGCUACCUGCGCGCUCAAAGCGGCUCGGCCGACCUCGACACACCCGCCGGGGUCCGGGAGCGCGAAGGGGUUCUGGCGCCGCCGAAAAAACGAGGCCACACUCUCAACCGCUACGCCCUGUCAGAUGGAGAACCUGACGAUGACGACGACGAGCCAGCGCUUCCCUCUGGAAACGUGCCUUCGUACGCCACCCUCAGCCGCAAACAUGGCCGCGCUCAGUCGGCUCGGGCGCAAUCCAGUCCGGAGAAGGGUGUCAACGUGGGUCGCAGUCACUCUUUUGCCGUGCGAGCGCGUAAAAAAGGACCCCCGCCGCCGCCUCCCAAAAGACUGAGCUCGGUGAGCAGCACCACCAGCGGCGAGCUAAGCGACAGCAGCACCGCGUCAUCGUCGGCAGGCUGCGGCAUAGUGACCGACAGUCCAGGAAGCGUCAGGAGCAUCGCCGCCUCCCUGGAAGGAAGCGCAGACAUUCAAAAUCCUCAGGAUCCCAAACGAGAAACCCUUCCGCAGGCGCCGAGCGCCCCCGAAUCCAUUGAACCCACGGGGGUUAGGAGAGGGGCGCACGGCCAGCGCGUCCCCACGCACGAGCCAGACACGGGCGGCAAGUCCGACACGGAGGAAUCAGACGCCAAAGGCUCGCGAUCCCCACACAACAGCUCCAGUGAAUGCAUCCCCUUCGCCGAGGAGGGAAACCUGACCAUCAAACAGAGACCCAAAGCCACCCCGGGACCUCCCAGGGUGGACGCCGCCGGUGCCAAAAGCCCCGAGGUCCCCGAGUUCAACCUGACUGAGUCGGACACGGUCAAGCGCCGACACAAACCUAAAGACAAAGACGAAGUUUCCCCCUGCCAAGACCAGACUGAAACUGAGGCCGCGUCCCAGGAGGGGACCCCGGAGGGAGUCUUUUCACGGACGGACACGGAGUCUAAUGUGAAACCUUCGCCAUCCCCGAAGCCUCCAGUCGUGGCCCCCAAACCCCUUCGACACAGCCUGCUGGCACCGCAGGCAGGUGGACCCACGUCUCCGACGGUGAAUGUCAGCGUGGUCCAAAGCUUGGCCUUUGGCACCACAUCGGCGCCGCGAUCGCCGUCUCGCGGGGGAUCUGUGGCCCCUCUCUCGCCGUCGACCGCCAGAAUUCAGGGCUCAGGGGGUCCGGCCGGGACCGAGGUGGUCCAGCAGAGAUUGGACGAGACCAGUACGUCUCUGGAGGCCGCUCUCAAGGCCGUAGAGAGGAAGCUGAUCCUGGACCGGCACCACGGCGACGGCCGGGCCGACACGGUCAAGUCAGCGGGAAACAUCCUGGACGACAUCGGCAACAUGUUUGACGACCUGGCCGAUCAGCUAGACGCCAUGUUGGACUGA